AUGACUGUCCAAAACGGAAAAUCCCAACCAAUGCUCUGCCGUAGGCGCGGGCAAUGCAACAGGGAAGGAUACCGUGGUGUAAUCACACGCGAGACCCAUUACUCACCAAAGACGUCUCAAGCGGCCAAUGCGAGUGCCUUGUUUUCUUCACCACAGAAGCGCUGUGGGCCAAGGACGCCAGUGUGGCAGCAAGAGCUGGGGACCAUCCCUGAGGAAAAGAUGCUUAGAUUCUGCUUGCACCUCAGGAAUUUGCAUCCGUUUGCCUGGAUGAACGUUCUGGAAACGGUGCAGCUUUUUUCAGUGGAAGCAUUUUCACUUACGGAACGAGUCUGUCUCCACUCGGUGAUUCAAGGCACCGCCGCGGGCCUUCCCGGCAGAGCGCCCCGCAGCGGCCGGGCCCGGGUCUCCCCGCUCCCACCGCCACCGGGUCCCAGCCCUUUCCCAGCUGGGGACGCGGCUCCGGACCGGAAGCCGCUGUGCGUGGUGCUCACUUCCCCAGCCCAGCGACCCCGGCCCCGCCCCGGUUGCCCUGGCGACGAGGGGCCGCCGUGCGGCGGCUGGAUCCUGGCGGCGUCUGUGGGGACAACUCCCGGGGGUACGACCCCCGCGGGGAUGACUCCGGCGGGAACCACGCCCGACUCGGAGAAAGAUACUGAAUUCCAGGAGCAUGAGAAGAUUCUGUGUCCAGAUUUUCUUUCAGUUGCCCAGAUCACCGAAAUGCUAGCAGAGGAUGUAGAUGGAGUUCAACAGAAACUGGGAAAGUUUUUGAAUUUCAGAAAUCUUCAAACCUGUUUAAAGGAAGCCAGUCUACUAGAUUAUUAUGUAUCUGGAUUUUUGUGGGCAAGAGGAAUGGACUUUUCUAUUAUUCAAUAUUCAAAAUUUAUGACUUUACUGGAUAUGUUACUUCAUAAUCUUAGAACACUGCAUAUGUCCUUAGAAGACAGCAUAAAAUGGCUCAGAGAAGUUAUGGCUGAAAUAGGACCAUCCCAUUCACAAAAAAAUGAAGAAUGGAAUAUCUUUGAUGUAAAACAAGCCAAUGCUGUUGUUGAUUACUUGAAAAUCAGCUUAUUUCAACACUACAAGCUAUAUGAGUUUCUGUUCUUCUCUGCCAGGGAAGAAAUUGUGAUAGGAACUGAGCAAGUGAUAGAGGUUGUGAAGCCUGCAGGUCACCCUUUCCCUGAUCCUCUAGAAGAAGGAAUCUCAUUUGAUAUUUACUCAACAUUCAUAGAGCCACCUCCAAUACUGGAUAUGGAAAUGAAGGGGUUGAAUCAAGAACAAGGCCCUGAAGAGUCCCAGCCAGAAGCUGACACUUCAGAGACUGGUCCAUUAGUUGGUUUCACCAUUGAAGAUAUAAAAUUGGUGCUGGGUCAAGUCACAGAUGACAUUUUAAUCAGCAUUCAGACCAAGAUAAACGAAAAGCUGCAAAUACAGGAAGAGGCCUUUAAUGCACGAAUAGAAAAAUUGAAAAAGGCCUGAGGGCUCCAAACAAGGAGAGUGAUGCUAAACUUCACAGAAACAAACAAAACCAGCCAGAAUAAUAGACUCUCUAGAGCACCAGAUCGCUUUCAUUUAGCUGGGACAGGAAAACCAAGCCCCACUUUUUAUUAUCCUAACUAAUUAGAAAAGUAUUGGCCCCAAUUUUGCUACCUCCUGUCCCAUAACAGCCUCUGAAUUUAUUACACUGUGGGUAAUAAGAACAUUUUGUAUAUAAGAGUUUGGAGAAUUAUAUAUAAAGAUACAAUUACUUUUACAAUACUCCUUUGACAUUUUGAUUAGUAAAUGUUAAUCAUCUUCAAGGAGAAUGAAGUCAACUUUUUAAAAUAAAGAAAAAAAAUAAUAA